CGGAGUUCCAUCCGGUAGUUUUGACUCACAGGCACGACAGGAUGUCGGCAGUUGCUAGUGAUGGCUGAUAUUUAAUUGUAGAAUUUGGCUCCUGACCACGGAUCGCGUCUCCAAGGCUUCACCUAGUGCAAGGUCAAUACUUCAACAAGUCGCAAAUGGAAAAUCAACACUACCCCCUAUCCCCACAGCAGAUCGCAUCCUACCAAGAGGAUGGAUUCCUCCUCGUUCGGGACUUCCUGAAUACACAAGAGGCGAGACAUCUGCAGGAGUGGGCUCAGGAGGUCCAUGACCUGCCACGCACGGCAGAUGCUUCCUACAUGCCCUAUGAGGAGGUGAAUGCCCAGGGGAAACGCGUUCUCUGUCGGACGGAAAACUACGCGAACAGCCACUCUGGAUUUAACAGUCUUCUGCGGGGGGAGCGUGUCCUAAGUGUUCUGCAGCAGCUGGCAACAGAGGAGAUGCUGCUCUUCAAGGAGAAGAUCAACUACAAGCUUGCUGGCAGUGGCGGAUUCUCCCCUCAUAUUGACGCUAACGCGUACACCCAUGUCAAGGACAUCAAGCACCUGACUGUGCUCGCUGCAGUUGAUGAGAUGAAUUCAGCAAACGGGGGUCUCGAUGUCGUCAAAGGCAGCCAUCGCAUGUCAGUGCCACUCGGCGACGACCGGUGUAUUGAACCGGCCUGGGUUGAGAGCCAAGAGUGGACAGCCUGCGACUUGAAUCCUGGUGAUAUUCUGGUCUUCGGAUCUUACCUGGCUCACAGGAGUGGCGCCAACCUGAGCUCCAAGGACCGUCGUGCCGUCUAUGCGACUUAUAACAGACAGGCCGAGGGUGAUCUCCAUGACCAAUACUAUGAGGAUCGGAGGAAGCUGUGGCCUGCGACGCAUAUGCGCAAGGAUGGGGAGACAUAUGAAGAGGGGAGAAUGCGAUAUGGCUACGGGUCUCCGAUGCUGACAGUGGAGGGGAGAAGCCAGCAAGGCGUUGCUGCAUAG